AUGUCAAGGGAAGCGCCACCAAUUAUGCGAAAACUUCUGAUCGGUCAGCUAAGUCGUAUUCAGUACGGUUUUACUACCACAAAGGAGGGAGUUCUGAUUCAUUAUGUUCCAUUUUUGCCCCGCCGUCGACUCCUAUUCUCAUUAGUUUGGCUUCAAGGAUACGCUCUUGAAACCUCAAAUCCGCAGUCUCCUGUUCCCCUUUUCUUACUGGAUGAUGGUACCGGCUCGAUCUUGGUCACAAUCCGUCCGGAUAUGGAUCUACCUCCCAUUGGUACUUAUGUUUCAGUUGUUGGGGAACUCGAACAAGUACCUACUACCCCUCAAGAUUCCCACGUCAGUCGCUCGCCCUCUUUGACCACCUAUCGUUUGGCUGCUCGUACCCUCAUGCGUCUCUCACUUAUGGACAAGUACUUCAUUGACGAAGAUGUCACUCAAAAACGCGCCCCAUCCUCGGCAUACGCUGAACUUGCUUGGCCAAUGGAAGUUAUGGACAUGAGCCAAAUGUUCUUCACCCCUAUUUAG